AUGACCUCCCUCGUGCUCUCUAACCAGUCCCGCCUCGACCUAAGUGUAUGUUCGGUUUUGGGCGAUCAGGCAGAAAAGUCCGAGUGGGCGAUUGCCUUGGCGAGUAGCGGGAACCACUCCGAAUGUGUCGAGCUCCUCGAGGAGGCGGGAUGGCCCACGAGACCCGCUCUUGCCAGUGCCGGAAACGGAAGCGAAUCGUCAUAUAAAGGCGACGAAUGCCCAGGAGAGGAGCCUUGUCGAAUCGAGGAGAGCAAGAAGGAGCCCAGCAGUCUAUCUGACGGGAAGAAUGGUUGGAUGGCGCAAUAUGCCCAGAGAAGGCCCUCAGCGAAAGAAGAUCCGAUGUUUGGUCAAGGGGGAGGUCGACGGGUGCUAUCCGUAGACGUGGUGCUGCCGGGUCCAGACUCCAAAGGAAAGGCGGAGUUCUUCGAACUGUUUGGACCUCACACGCCGCGACCACCGCCGUCGGUCGUCCGCGCCGGAGAGAGGGGUGGCAGAAGGUGCCUAAGAUCGACCUUCUUUGGGCGCCCAAACACCGCAUCAUCGGCUCUAAGAAGAGGGCGCGCGGACAUCGUACGAGAUGCGGAAGGGUUCUUUGGGGCGGAUUGGGCGGAGUGGGAGAGGGACUGGCCGGCGGUUGGUGUUAUCGACCACGACGACGACGAGGAAGACUGCGGCUGCGAUGAAUGCCGCUUGGUUGCGUUUCUCCAAGCGACAGAGCCGCUUGCGGUCGGCGAAAAACCUAGAGUGCGGGAUGUCUGGACGCCGGUUUCAGCGGACGUCCCCGAGGUAACAAGCGCUCUCCCUCGCUCUCUGUUCGCAGUAUCAUCGUUCUUCAAGUCCAUAGUCUUCCAGACGUGGUUAUAUCUCUCUUUUAAUCAGGACAGAUACCUCUCACCUGAGCACAGAGCAUAAGCCAUGUCUGUGGAGAUCGAUCAUGCAGAACAAUCAAGCAAUGGUGGCACGACUUCAAGCGGUGAUUGGCGACGUCCAACAGCAGUCACAGGGUUCCUCAUAAGCUCCGUAAUCAGCAUAUCAGGCUCAGCACUCACAAGGGUUGGCAGUUGGUCAGGCACAGGGCAAGGAUAUGGCUCAGUUUCUCUCGCGUGAUCGGCGGU